CCGCGGACGGAAAGCUCGCCAGUUAUUUUGGUAGAAGAAGAAGAAGAAGAAGAAGGAAAAAAACGGGUCAAAAGCGGAAGAAACACCGGAUUUGGUUUCGGAUAUCAGUCGUUUUAUGCUCUUGCUUUUUAAAAAAAUACAUUUUCAAUAAUGUCGACACCGGCAAGGAGACGGCUGAUGAGGGAUUUUAAACGACUUCAAGAAGAUCCUCCCACCGGUGUGAGUGGAGCACCGUCAGAGAACAACAUCAUGCUUUGGAACGCAGUUAUUUUUGGGCCUGUGGGAACACCGUUUGAAGACGGGACGUUUAAGUUGCUGAUAGAGUUUUCCGAGGAGUACCCGAACAAGCCUCCCACGGUCCGGUUUGUCUCCAGAAUGUUCCACCCCAAUGUUUACGCAGACGGCAGCAUCUGUCUCGACAUCCUGCAGAACCGCUGGAGCCCCACGUACGACGUGUCGUCCAUACUCACCUCCAUCCAGUCGUUGCUGGAUGAGCCAAACCCCAACAGCCCGGCCAACAGUCAGGCCGCACAGCUCUAUCAGGAAAACAAGCGGGAGUACGAGAAGAGGGUGACGGCCAUCGUGGAGCAAAGCUGGGUGGACGUCUGAGCUCCGCCUCCUCCGCCCUUUCAUCAGCGCCGUACUCCACCUGUUCAUUCUUCCCUCCUCGAGAAAGAAGAAUAAAAAAACAGCAACUAUAUCCGAAGAACUCAAGUGCCACGCAAAGAAACCCAAGCAGAGUGGACAUUAACGUGCUCGCCGACUCAAAUCAAUCUGUUUCUGGUCCUUUUUAAUUUUACUUUUUUUAUUGCAUGAUGUGAAAUAAGUUAUUGCUAACGGAAUUUGUAAUAUAUCUGUUGUUUGGUUGGAUUGAUGAUGCAGUUGGUGUUUGAGUUUUCCUCUUCUGUGUAACAUCUGGUUCAGGCAGGAUGAUUUAAGGACCAGUUUAGAAUUAUCAGACUAAUAUUCAUCCUCCAAAUGAGACCUUUUAUCAGCGCCCACAGCCCCCCCCCCGUUUAAUCCUGCUCUUAAAAUCACACAUUAAAUCAACGAGCAGAAGAUCGAAGCGGCUCAAGUCGUCUCCAGUUCCCCAUUUAAAGAUUUAAAAAGACCUGAGAUUAUGAUCACGAGGGACGAGACGUCAUGAUGAAGCUCCGCCUCUGAGGAACCACGAGGGAUAUGUUACAAAGAUUUUGAAUUAAACAAAAUGUAUACUUAUGACAAUAUGCUGUAUAAACAUAAUAAAAGACAUUUUUCAGAG